AUGGCAAGCGCCGGGUCCUCAGGCUCUGGCGGAGCUCCCCCGGGCACAGUCAACCUCGCUUCUCUCUCCCUCCCCCAACUCCGUUCCCUCCAGACCCGCCUUACCUCCGAGCUGGAACACCUGACUUCCUCCCACGCGAAGCUGCGCGCCGCGCAGUCUAAGUUCCGCGACUGCGUCAACUCGAUUAACGAUGGCGUGGUCGGGUCCCAGAAAAAAGGCACCAACGGUUGCGAUGAGCUCCUGGUGCCUUUGACCAGCUCACUCUAUGUCAAGGGCCGGUUGACGGAUCGAGAGAAGGUGCUUGUUGAUGUUGGAACUGGUUUCUACGUUGAGAAGACCACGGAGAAGGCCAUUGCUUUCUAUAAUGACAAGGUGAAGGGCCUGGAUGACAACCUGCAGGAACUGGAAAAGAUUGUCCAGGGCAAGAGCUCGCAACUGCGCAUUGUCGAGGAAGUCUUGCGACAGAAGAUGCUGAGUGGCGAAGCAGUCCCGGCGCAGACUGCCGGUGCGUCGGCGGGCUAA